AUAAUUCUCAGUGUAAAUUUGACUUUUGAGUAGAAAAGUGUCGAAAUAUUCUUAGUCAAAUAAAAUGAAUAACUUUGCAGUUUUGUUACUUUCGAUUUUGGUAAUAAGUACAAUUUUACUGCAAAUUAAUGGGCAGAGUGAUGACAACAACAAAGUGAACCGUUGCCCCAUUAAAGGACGACGAUGUGGAGCCUUUCAAUAUUUCGAUAUUAGAGAUUGUGCAUGUAAAUGUUUAGUUUUGGGUCCAAAAUGUAAAUUGACAACAACUACAAUGCCAGUUACAGUAACAUCUAGCUCAACAGCCACAUCCACCUCAACAGUCACAUCCAGCUCAACAGCAAGCUCAACAAUGACUAUGGCCGAUGACACGACAAUGGCACAUAAAUAAACUAAAGCUUUGAUUAUUUUUUCAGUGAUUAAAAUAAAAAUUUUUUGA